AAAACCACCUAAAAAACAAUUUUUUUUUUAAAAAAAAAGACUUUCUAGUUUUUGGUGGGAGAAAAAGGAAAGCCUGUGUUAUAAAAAUCCAAAGAAGCAAUCGAAACAUUCGACCUUUGUUUUCAGAAGAAAAAAAAGGGACGAAAGCAAGGUUCAAAGAGCAUAUUCUUCCAAUAAGAAGAUCGUUGACCUUUCCUCUCAGGUGAGGAAAAAAAACUCCUGAAGUUCUUCGAAUGGAAUAUUCCAUUCGAUCUCUAGAGCCUUCUUCUCAUGUAUCGAAUGGAAUAUCCUUGUACGAUCCUCCCAUGGAAAUUCUCUCAUUGUUCGUCAUCGAUUCCCCCUUCCUUCAACUCCGUUUUUCUAAAUUUCAAAACCUUUUUCAUUUAUUUAGCUUCUUAAUCUCUUGAACCCUCGUAAGAAACCAUGGUCCUGAAGGCUGUUCACGUCUCCGAUGUCCCUAAUCUCGACCAAGUACACGUCAACACGACGUUGUCCGCCUCCUCUGCUCGGUUCUCGAUCGAUGACAAGGGGCAAGCUUUUAGUUUCCCGGAAUUUGUAGUGAUGGGUCAUAGAGGAUUCGGGAUGAACAUGCUUCAAUCUCCGGAUAAGAGAAUGAAAUCGAUCAAAGAGAAUUCGAUUCUUUCCUUCAAUGCCGCUGCAGAUUUCCCUAUCGACUUCAUCGAGUUUGAUGUUCAGGUUACGCGAGACGGUUGCCCUGUGAUUUUCCAUGAUAUCUUCAUGUUUACUCAAGAACAGGGAGAGAUUGUUCAGAAGAGGGUAACCGAGCUGAGUUUAGAUGAAUUCCUCUCCUACGGACCGCAAAAAGAUACCGGAAACAUCGAGAAGCCAAUGUUGAGGAAGACGAAAGACGGUAGAAUGUUCGAAUGGAAGGUCGAGAAGGAUGAUCCUCUCUGUACCCUUCAAGACGCUUUCGACAAAGUGAAAUCUUCGUUAGGUUUCAAUAUCGAGCUCAAAUUCGAUGACAAUAUCGUCUAUAGAGAGGAAGAUUUAGUUAGCACGCUCGCGAUUAUCUCCAAGGUAGUGCAUGAACAUGCCAAGAACCGGCCGAUAAUCUUCUCGAGCUUUCAUCCCGAUGCAGCUCAGCUUAUCAGGAAGAUUCAGAGAUCUUACCCGGUUUUGUUCAUAACAAAUGGAGGAUCUGAACUCUAUAACGACGCAAGAAGGAAUUCAUUAGAGGAAGCCGUCAAGGUUUGUCUUGAUGGCGGCUUGCAAGGGAUAGUUUCCGAGGUUAAGGCCAUCCUAAGAAACCCGAGCUCGGUUACCCGAAUCAAGGAAUCGGACCUUUCCCUUAUAUCCUACGGCCAACUGAACAAUGUCGGAGAGGUGGUCUGGUUGCAGCGCCUAAUGGGCGUCGAGGGAGUGAUCGUCGAUCUCGUCGAGGAAAUCUCCGAGGCUGUGGCCGAUAUCGGAGACCGGAACGAGGGAGAAGAGAAGAAAAAGGUUAAGUUUUCAAAGGAUGAGCUCUCCUUCUUGUUAAAGCUUAUACCAAAGCUGCUUCAACAGUGAAGAUUUCGUAAAUUUUCCUCGACCGUUUAUUGCUUGUGAAUCAUAUUUAAUAUUUCUCCUUGUCGGUCGAAUUUAGAUAACAAGUGCAGUUUGAACUCCAGAAGCUUGUGGAUGAAUUGUGUGUCUCCUCAGCUGAGUAAUUCUGUGUCCACAGUUACAUCAUUUUAGCAUUUAUUUUCUAA